AAUCACACGUACCUUUGCCUUGAGAUUCUGAGUCCUUAUAUACUGGAGUAGCCGUGGGCUUCAUGAAAGAGCUCCGGGUUCUUCGGGCUAUAGAGAUAAGGUUGGUUCCGCUUUUGGUGGAGGGCGGUACGUGGAUGAGGCUUAUCGUCCAGCUCCGUUUCAGGCGGAACCGGGAUGAGUUCUUAUCGUGACCUCGGGAGAUUCGGGAUCUGUUGUCUCAUCGUGAUCCCAAGAGAUUCGGGAUCUGUUGGGAAGGUCUUCGGAGUUGGUUAUACGACGCUUCGGCCCAUUAGCUCUGAGCUGAAACUUCGAUUCUUCAGUCCCAAACUGGACUGGACACCCGAGGUGCCUCUACGCCGAGGCGGGUUUGGAGCCGAGGUGGCUGGGUACCUGAAUGGCAAAUGUUGCGAACUGGGCUUGCCUGGCUGAGUUGUCAUCCUUUAAUCAGAUCGCGCCCAUGUGUCCCCUUCCUCUUAGGUCGUGCCAAAUCACCCUUCAUCAAUUGCCCUCCACUCCUCGUGCCAGGGGUCCCAACCGAUUUCGUCAUGUUGUUUAUAGAUUCCGCGGAUGUCACAGAGCGCGCUCAACCGUUUUCAUCCUCAGGUGUCGUGCAACCAGUUUUCAUGGGAGCCGUUGGAUCGCACAGGUCUCGGUCGUUGAUCGCCAUGCGGUGAACUAUAAAUAGGGGGCCGAAGGGCCCCUUUCCUUUGCCAAAAAUCUUGUGAUUGAGCUCUCUCGAGGUCGUGUCUGAGUCUUUUAGCUCACCACUCUUUACUUUGUGUUCCGAGGUUGUUUUCGUCCUUUUGGCGAGUUUGUCUUCUUUCAUUAGUUUGUUCUCCUUUCCUUUUCCUAUUCCAGUAUGUCUAGUGCUAGUAUAGAUAGGCUUCUUAGUGAUUCUAGUGAGCUUGAGGGUGCCGAGGUGUAGUCCUCGGCUCCCGCUGGCGAGGUCAGCUCUUCGCCAGAUAGUUCCUCUCCUCACCUCUUAGGAGAAACACCUUUUCCCGAAGUCGGGCCAUCUCGGCCUGAGGAACCUGAAGCUCGGGUGGAAGGACCGACCUCCAGAGAAGGGGUCCCAUCUUCUUCUCGGGGUCGGGAUCUGGAUGACUUUGGGCCUUCCACUAUGACCUCGGACAGGUUACUGUCCUUGGUAGCCCGUUAUCGUCUUCCUGACAACCUUACUUUUAGUAUUCCUUUGGGUCAGUACCCUUGGGUUCAUGGUCACCAUGAUCUCGUGGUUUUUGAGGAGCAGCUCGUAGCCGGGUUGCGCUUUCCACUCCACCCUUUCAUUAUAGAAAUUAUUAAGUUCUUUGAUAUUACCAUCGACCAAUUACACCCGAACGCCAUUCGAACCAUAGUUGGCACGAUCUCUUUGUUCCACGAGUAUAACCGACCUCUUUCCUUAGACACCUUUAGUUCAAUCUGUUUGAUCAAGAAGAAUUCUGCGUAGAGAUACUCGACAGAGUUACUACAUCUCCCCCCGCUCUGGAUUCAAAAUCCUGUUCGGCAGCCCGAACAAAGUACCGACUUGGAAGAGGAGGUACUUCUUCGUCUGGAACCCUGAGGGGUGGCCCUUCCCGACUCACUGGCGAGUGGCCAUCAAGGACCUCGGGGUGAGGCUAGAUACGGAGACCAGGGUGGUCGUUAACUCCUGGAGGGACCUCGGCCUGGAAAUGAAAGAUUUCUUGGCCGAGGAGAAGAUUUUACGAGCUGGGCUAAGUCCUCCUGGUAGGCCUCCACCUCAACGCUCAUAUUACUCUUUCUCAUUUUGUACCCACGUCAAGUCGUGACUAACUGCUUCCUUUUUCUCUUGCAAAAGCUAUGCCGGACGUCGAUGCAGAAAACCUUCUGAGGAGCUUUCAGAGGGGGAAGAAAGGGAAGGCCUCAAAGAAGUCACGUCGGGAGGCCGGUCCUUUAGUUCCCGCCCCACCCGAGGUCGCUGCGUAGGAGCCGAUCUCGGUCGAGCUUCCGGAGGAGGAGAUCCGUCCCCAACCUCCUGUUGUGGACCUGGACGAAGACUAGGAUGAGGGAGCUUCGCCUCGUGAGCCCGAGAGUGCUUCAGUGCCCGAGCCUCAGUUCUCGAAGGAGAGCAUAAUGACCCCGCGGCUCGGACUCCUCAAAAGUAAAGACGACGUUUUUCCUGCUAAAGUCGCGGAAUGGGCUGACAUGCCCACAAGUCAGCUCGAGGGCGGGGCUGCCAGUUACUGCAUGGUGGUGAGUACCUCAGUGGUGUUCAUCUCGACGCUUUUCCUGGUGUGGCUGGAGGAUGCCAUUGAAGUUGAAGUUGAGCUUGAAGCUGCAAAGAGAUAGGAAUGACCUUUCGAUCGAAUUCCCACAGACGGCGCCAAUUGAUGGUGCAUGAUCUGACUACUCCUAGCCGGAGGGCGAUCUGGACUCCAGAUGGACGGCGAGCUAGAUCGAUCUGCAAAACAAUCUAUCAGAGAACCCAGGGUAGCUAACCCGGCGAGGUCGCUCCGAUGCUUAAGUCAGUGAGUAUGCUGUAAAUGCGAGUUGAAUGCUUGAGUGCUAGAGAGUAGAGUAAUCACGCGUACCUUUGCCUUGAAAUUUCGAGUCCUUAUAUACUGGAGUAGCCGUGGGCUUCACGAAAGAGCUCCGGGUUCUCCGAGCUGUAGAGAUAAGGUUGGUUCCACUUUUGUAGGAGGGCGGUACGUGGAUGAGGCUUAUUGUCCAUCUCCGAUUAAGGCGGAACCGGGAUGAGUUCUUAUCGUGACCUCGGGAGAUUCAGGAUCUGUUGGCUCAUCGUGAUCCCAAGAGAUUCGGGAUCUGUUGGGAAGGUUGAUAGGGGUGUGUGUUGGAAGGAACGCUACUGGGUAAAGGCCAGUAUCUGGAUUGUAAUCUUCAGUUAUGUUGGAAACUAUUUUUGGACACAUUAUUUCUUCUCGGUUUUGGGAGCUUCAUAUACCUUUCCAUCGUGGAAGAUGAACAAUGUUCCACACACAACAUUCCUUCUCACUCAUGUUUGCUUCCUAUUUUACCAUGUGACAUCAAAUAUAACACUUCGCAGGCUACGGUAUUCUAUUGCAGACCUACCAGAGCAAAUUCAGUGGGUUACUGAGGCUGCCUGGAUUUUGGCUCUUUCUUAUUUCAUAGCGUACUUGGAGACUUUAGCAAUUUCUAAUUUCCCUUAUUAUCAAUUUGUGGACCGAGCAUCAAUGUACAAAGUAGGAUCCUUAUUUUAUGCAAUUUAUUUUGUCGUAAGCUUCCCAAUGUUUUUGAGGAUUGACGAAAAAGCUGGUGAUACGUGGGACCUGCCUAGAGUGGCUGUUGAUGCACUGGGUGCAGCAAUGCUAGUGACGAUAAUACUUGAUUUAUGGCGUAUCUUUCUGGGACCCAUAGUUCUAGUUGCAGAAAAUAAACGGUGUUCUCAGCAAGGACUCCCUUGGUUUUCUUGACAUCCUGAAAGUUGCUUGAGAAGCUCUAAGUUUAAGUUUGCAACUGCAGAAAAAUGGGGUUAAUGGUUAUCACUUUAUCCUCAUGUGCUGAAGUAGCAUGCAUGCAGAAAAAUGGGACCGUUUCGGUUGCAAAAUGAUGACUGGGGACCAGCUGACGGAAGUAAUUAGUCUUAGAAUCAAGCCUUAGUUUUGCUUUUUGGUCUAAAUACUGAACUGAAACACCCCUCUCUUGGGAUAAGACCAUCCUUGUCAGAAGCAUCAAACGUUAUCUCUAACAGAGGAAGUAAGAAGUUUAAUAUACCCAUCACGGACAAAUUAGGCUUUAAUCAGAUUGCUGGAUUUCUUUAAAGUAAGGGUAAAAGACUUGAGGCUCCCUUAAUAUUUCAUUUAAAUACUGAAACAUCCCCUCAUUUUUCAAAAUGGACUUAGACCUCCCUUCUCAAAAGAUAUCAGCAACAAAAACCUCCCAUUUGUUAAUUCUCUAUUCAUGUCUGUUAGAACGUGAUGUCAUGUGCAGUUUUAAAGUUUUUGUUCUUGAAUUUCCAACUUUGCCCUCCA